CUUCGUUCAAAAUGGAGGAUGUGGAGAUGUAUUCCGACCAUUUGCUUUUUAACAAGCGUCAGCUGGGACCGAUUGGCCAAUACACAGUGACUACACCAUAUGUAAUAGCCCUGGUGGUUGCUAAAUUUCUUCAUGCCUUUGGUUUAUUUGUUACAUAUGAGCAGCUGAAAGUCAUCCAUGUUGUUCAAUUCUUAUUUGUUGUUAGGCUUUGCUCUACUGUUGUCCUUGUCAUAUUGCAAAGACCUGUGUCAUCAGGAAAGAAAAUUACCCCCAAUCAGUGGUACAAGAUUGGCAAACAUGGUUUAGUAUCAACUGUAAUAGGUCUGAUAUGGCUUGAAGGACUCACCCUUUGUGGUGCAUUAAGAACUGUUUUACUCUAUGAACACAGUGAUGCUGUGGUGUUAGCAGCAUUAGGAGUUCUUUUUCAUUCUGGUGGUACUGGUCCAUCAAAGGUGCGAGGAUCUGUACUGUUUCUAUUAGGAAUUCUGUGUCUUCUGCUGUUUGAUAAUGAUUCUCCAAGUUUGAGCCAUCCGGAGGGCCACCAUAAAAGUCAGUGGAUUCACUGGUAUUAUCAAGUUUUAUCUUGGCUUGGUUUACCAGACCACAAGGGUGGACUGAUUCUUUUAGUUCUUGUUCUUCUGUUUAAAAUUGCUCACAAGAAUGUUUCAAGAACCUUAGCAGUUGAAAUUGGAGGUGCCAAAAGGCUGGCUGCUCUUUCAAGUUGUGUUUCAACUGUGCUUCUUCUUCCUUUGGCUCUUUUAUCAAAUUUCACGCAAACAACAGAUGUUGACUGGCUGGACGCUAUAAUUCCUCUGGCUGUGGUUAUUUUCCUUGUGUUCAUUUUUGACUUCUACAUUGAGUCUUUCUGUGUGGCAAAACUGGAAUCACUCAAGACAGGAAAGAUAGGCUCCAUAGCUUCCUUCUUAUCAGCUGUGAUCAUAGCAUUGCUGUGGGAUAAACCAUGGGUAUGGAGCAUGCAUGAAUGGCACCAUGGCAAACAAUCUGAACCACAUCUAGUAUCAGCUGGAACACUUUUUGCUGCCUUCUUCUUUGUGCUGGCCUCAAGGUUAUUAUCAAGGCCAUCUCCUCGCAUGACAAAAGGAAAUCUGAUUGGUUACACCACUGGUGGCCUACCAAUCUACAACUUCCAAACACCACAAUCAGUACUGACAACAGCACAAAGUCUUCUGAGACAAAUUGUGGAGCAGUCAGAAUCCAGGCAGAUUUUUUACUUCCUUUGUCUCAAUUUGAAAAUUGACACAAUGCUUAUUGCAUCAUUCUAACCCAAGCUCUCUCUUUACAGUUAUGGCCGUGUGGAGAUUCUAUCAGGCUUUGUAAAUGGUAUUUUCUUGGUGGUAAUCUCCUUCUUUGUUUUCAUUGCUGCAAUUCAGCGCCUGUUUGAUCCUCCAACAGUUAACACUGAGAGAUUAUUAGUUGUUUCUGUUGGGGGACUUGUGGUAAAUUUGGUCGGUAUAUUUGCAUUCAGACAUGCGCACUCACAUGGUAGCAGUUCACACGGUCACAGUCACCAUGGCCACGGUAACCAAGGUCACGGUCAUCAUGGUCACAGUCAUGGACAUGGACACGGGCACGCCCACGAUGAUCAUCAUGAUCGCAGUGUAAACAUGCAAGGUGUAUUUCUUCAUGUUGUUGCUGAUACCAUGGGCAGUGUUGGAGUCAUAGUGUCCUCUGUACUCAUUGAACAAUUUGGAUUCUUCAUCGCCGAUCCUUUGUGUUCGUUGUUCAUCGCUGUUUUGAUUUUCCUUAGUGUCCUUCCUCUCCUACAGGAUUCCUCGCAAGUGUUAUUACUAAGAACACCAGGAGACUUGGACAAAACUCUAGGCAGUGCUUUUAAUAAGAUUUUAUCACUGGACGGUGUUUUGUCUUAUCGUGAUCCUCAUUUCUGGAGACACGCGUCUGAUUCAAUAGUUGGCGUGAUUCACGUACAGGUGGCUCCGUCGGCAAAUGAACAGAGGAUUAUUCAACAGGUCAGCGCGCUUUUCAAGGAAUACGGUAUUAAUAAAUUUAGUGUUCAAGUUGAAAAAGAAGCUUUCUUCCAUCAUAUGUCAGCCUUGUCUGCUGGAUACAAGUCCGUAUUAGCUCUGAAGCAGGGAGCUGAUAUGGGGUUGUCUCCCCCUGGUGGAGAAUUUGACUACGGUGUGAUAAAAGCCGUAUGACACCUCAGACUUCAGUACAAUCUUAAAUGUGUAAAAUAUGUUAUUUAUUUGCUAUCCAACGGAGUCAGGUUAAAGAGCUAUGUCAGAACUGGGGCAUCUUGAGAAAAUGUGGUUCAACUUUUUAGGUUUUUUUGUUUACAAUCGUUUUUAAUUUUCUCCAUCGUUGGCAAUUGUUUUUUUUUGUUUUU